AUGGCUUCCCACGCUAGCGCUCCGCAGAUUACGGUCCUGGGUUCUCUCAAUAUGGAUCUCGUCUCCUACGUCCCACACCAUCCCCUACCCGGUGAAACACUCACUUCAUCCCAUUUCAACACUUCGCCCGGCGGCAAAGGCGCCAACCAGGCUGUAGCAUGCGGCAAGCUGUCUCGGGAUUCUGACCUGGCCAACCCUUCGGCCAACGUCUCCAUGGUGGGUGCCGUUGGCGCCGAUCCAUAUGGCACCCUCCUGCUUGAUAGUCUUCGCUCUUUUGGCGUUUCCGUUGACUCUGUUACUGCUCGUCAGGACCAGAAGUCUGGAAUUGCCAUCAUUAUUGUUGAUGAGCCUUCGGGCCAGAACCGUAUUAUUGUGUCUCCUGAGGCCAACCACUCGCUUCGGCCCGCCGAUUUCGAGACUCUUCCAGGCCCUCGCCCUGACCUUCUUAUCAUGCAGCUCGAAAUCCCUUUCGAUACUGUCAUGCAGGCCUUGAAGGUUGCUAAGAGGGCUGGGGUUCCCGUGCUUCUCAAUCCAGCUCCCGCUCAGACCCUACCCAUGGAUGCUUAUGACGGGCUCGCCCACCUUGUUGUCAACGAGACUGAAGCGGCGAUCCUUGCAGAGUGUAAUGAAUCUGAACUUGACACUCCUGCUGGUUUGGACCGUGUUGGUCGAGUUUUCAUUGACCGUGGAGUCCACAAUGUCAUCAUCACUCUAGGAGGUCGCGGUGUCUACUUCGUCAACAAGCAAGGCCAGAGUGCAUUGCUUCCUGCUACAAAGACAACCGUAGUGGACACCACAGCCGCCGGGGACACCUUUGUUGGUUCUUACUCUUUGGCUGCUGUCGCCGCUAGGGGCGGCCAGUUUGACAUCGAAGCCGCCGUCACGGCGGCUAAUCGAGCAGCUGCCUUGACUGUUGCGCGCAAGGGCGCUCAAAUCUCUAUUCCAUGGAAGGAUGAACUAUAG